UGUAUUCUGUUUAUUCUGUUCUAUUAGUUUUAUGGUUGCACAGAUAAGUUUGCAUCAACAAAGCUGCAAUGAGAUCGCAUCCCUGUAAGCACACACAGAUCUCUAGUUCUUCCAGUUUAUUCCCCACGCGGCGUGCAUUGCUAGACAGGCUCUGUAAGGAAGCAGAGGGUGCAGGUGUCUCUAGAGGGAUGCAAGAAGGUUUAAGCCGGGCUCUUGGCAACGUUAUCUUCUCUGAGGAGUCCUCACAAGAUCCUACUGGACAACUGGGAGGUUUUUCUCCACAGUUUACUAAAAAGACAGCAUUCCCAGGCCCUUCUCUGUCACAAGGAACUCCAUCCUCUUCCUCCAUCACGUCUGGUUUAAUGCUCUGGUCAUCAAUCCUUCCAGCUUGCUCCCCAAAACACUUUUGCCCCAACUGCUCACUCCUAUUCCGUCUCACACCCACAAACCCGGGCUCUCAAAGGCCCAAAACCUCGAUCCUGACACCAUCCCCUCAGGCAGUAAUUUGCCUCCUCUAUUCUCCUCCUUCCUUCUGGGACCCGGCCGCCAGUCGGGAGGACAGAGGAGUCCCCCAUCACUAAGACAGUGCUGCCACAGCACGCGGCAGCGGAGUGCCUCACAAAAACAUGCUGUGGUUUAAGGCCAGCAAGGUUGCCGGGCAUGCUGUCUUGUCCCCACUCCAGGGCACGUCAAUCUCUGUGAGGUGACACUCCUCGGUGAGAUGUCACAGUGGCUGUCUCUUAGGCCCCUGUGGCAGUGGUGGGAGUGGUGGCCCAGUAGCUUGUGGAAGCUGCAGGAGGAGGACCCAGAGAGAGCACUCUGUCUAUCUGGAGAUAUCCUGCUGUGAUGGAGCGGCUGAGAGCCCUUCGAGGUCUCUUUGCUUGUGUGGGCUGCAUGCCCAGGCGUACACGUCGCGGGAGCAGAGGCAGGGUGGCAAGCUCUGUCCCUGCCUGUCCCGUGACGUUGCUGCUGCAGCGCCUGCAGGACAAGGAGGGUGACCGAGCGCAGGUGUACUGCGAACUGGAGAGUGUCCUGCGGGAAGAUGAGAGCCGCCCGCCGUGCGGAGUGGCAAACCGGCUGCUGUCUGAGGUGUCCCAGGACGUGACGGCAGCCCAGGGUGCGACAGACAACGUGAUCAUGGCUGCCAGCAAUGUCCUGGUGGCUCUGGCCCGGUCGCACUUCAGCUUGGUGAUGGCCGAGCUCCAGGGCCACCUGAAGGCUGUGAGGGAGAUGUCCACGGAGUUUGUGCUCGUCACCCUGAGCAAACUCUUCAGCAGCUACGCUGCGCAGUGCAUCUCCUUCAUGUGCCUGACACUGGCCGGCCUGCGCAGUGUGGCCGGCCAGGUGAGGAGCGGCCGCACCCUGCGCGUCGCUUGUGCUGUCGUGAAACAAUGGUCGGAAGGAGUCAAGGCUCACUUGUACUCCGGAAAGCAAUGCCCCUGGCCCGCCACAGAGGUAGAGCAAAUUUGUGAGAAUCUUUACCAGCUCCUCUGCUCUGUGGUGAGGAACUGGUGGGGCUGCGAGGAGGAACAGGACAAACAGGCCGUCCUUGGGGCUGUGACUGCCAUGAUGGAUCUCCUCCUGCAAGAGGAGCUGCGCCAAGAGCACAUCUGGGAGCAGCUCCUCUGGCUUGUGCACCAGUGUCAGGAGGUCCAGGACUCCUCCAGGGUGACCAAGAGCCUCGAUAUCUUGGAGGUAGUUCAGUCUAUCGUCCCCAAGGACACGUUUCUGGCCACCACCAGUGCCAUGUUCUACCAGCUCUCUGAUGACACCAAACAGCACAGCGAGGCUGAUAGCACAAAGAUGACCCACUGCAUCCUGCUGCAGGCCCGCAUCUGCCCAGAGGAAAUGGUCCUGUUUCUGCAGUCGCAGCUGGGCGAUGAGAGGGAGGCCAGAUGCGUGGCAGCCCUGGGUCUGCUUGGUGCUCUGGCUCGCUCGCACGAGCUGGUGAUGACAGAGAAGCUGCCCCAGGUCGUGGAGGCCGUGCAGUGCCUGUGCGGGGACCCCAGGACCCGGGUGAGGAGGGCCAUCCUGCAUUUCAUCAAGGACCUGCUCAGUGCUGAUGCCCGGAGCUGCUCAGCCUGGGAUGUGGUGGGGCACAUCUUCAGGGAGUUCAGCCGCAGCGCGGGAAGAAUGGCGGACGGAGAGCUUUCUGCCCAGGAAGCCCAGGAAGAAGGAGCUCUCCAAGAGCUGUGCAGGGACGUCCUGGGGUCACUGGAUGCCUCUGUGAGAGGGAUGACCAAACUCCUGUGGCCGCGGCUGCUGCUUUAUGUGGUGCCGGCCCAGUACACGGGCAUGCUGAUCCCAGUCUCCCGCUGCGUGCAAGCCCUGGCAGAGAGAGGGGACCUGAAGGACCGUGAGAUAGAAGAACUGGAUCCCCAUUUCCUCAGCUCCGUCUUUCAAGGCCCACUGCUGACGCCCCAGAAACUGCUGGCACGCCUGUUGGUGGUGGCAGGGAGCCCUUUGGCAGGCAGCGAACUCCAAGCCGCUGCCUUGCUGCUCAUGCAAAACCUCCACAGCAAGAUCCACAGAGCUGUGGGGGCCAUGUGGGCUGCUGAGAUCCCCCGGCUGCUGCAGUGCCUCAAUGGGAAAGAUGAGAGCUUCCCGGGCUCUGCAGAAUGGGAGCAGCGUCUGAUAAAGUUCCUGAGGGCGUCACUGGAUACCAUGGCGGACGAGGCCUGGACCAAGGGCCUGAGCUGCGAGCUGAGCCGGUGGCUGGGCAGCUCUUUCAGCAGCUCCGGAGAAAAGCCUUUCCUGUACAAGGCUCUUGGUACAGCCCUGGGAGCAUGUAAGGAAGUCCUCCACAUCCAAGAGAAGCUGCUGCAACACCUGGAGGACGCAAAUGCGGAGGAGCCAUCUGAGAGCCAGGGGAUGAUCUCUCUUCUCAGCCAUGCUGCUGAGACCAACUUCCACCCAGCCUUGGACACGCUCACCAUCUUUGCGUCCAGGCUGUGCAAAGGCCGGCGUGCGAGGAUUUCCUCACGCAAGAAGGCAGAGCUGAACAGCCCAAGAGCUCAAGCCACCCGCAGAGCUCUCAUGCUCGCCCACGGCAGCUUGGCACUGUGCGCGUCCAAGGAACAACUGCUCGCCCGCCUGGAAGGAGAUAUUGUGGGCAACAUCCUGCUGCUCUACAGCUGCAGCUGCCGGGACUUGCAGAACAAGCUCGCACUGGUGCAGAGCAUCAAUGACGUCAUCUCUGCCUUCCAAGCUGCGGGUGACUGCGGCCGCUUCAACCCCACCUUGAAGGCCAAGCUGCUGGAGAUCCUGACGGACUUGCUGAAGGAGCAUUACUUGGGCACCCCUGUAUCCCCAGUGCCCCUCAACGUGGUUCUGGCCCUCUCAAAGUCUGUUUGAGGCAAAAAUUACUCAGUCAUAACUCGAGACU